GCUUGCUGGCUGGCUUCCGUAACAAUAACAGCCUAGUGCGCAGAAUCGGAAAAACAAACUAAGAUGUAGAUCCGGGUGUUUAGGCCCAUCAUCAUGAGGAGGAAGCAACAUGGGAGACGGGCGAGAAAGAAGAAGAGGAAACGGGAGUGCAGAGAAACAACUGUUAAGUCAGUGACAAUAUCUCAUGAACCACAGUUUGUGGCUCUAAGAAGAUGGCUGCAACAGAGAGGCUUAAGCUCCAAGCUCCUAGUACCUGCACACUUCUCAGACACAGGACGUGGACUGAUGACCUUACAGCCUAUCAAGGCUGACGAUUUGGUGAUCUCCUUACCUGAAAAAUGCCUUUUGACCACCUCUACUGUUCUAAGGAGCUACAUUGGUGAAUACAUAGAAAGAUGGAAACCGCCUGUGUCUCCUCUUUUAGCCCUCUGUGCCUUCCUCAUCUCUGAGAGACAUUUUGGCCAACGUGCAGAAUGGAAGCCCUACAUCGACGUCUUGCCCCAAAAAUACACGUGCCCUGCUUACUUCUCAGAUGAGGUCAUCAACCUGCUGCCGAGGAGUCUGAGUGGGAAGGCCCUGGAGCAGAGAGCCGUGGUUCAGGAGCUGCACUCCUCUUCGUUGGGCUUCUUCAGCUCCCUCCAGCCUCUCUUCCGUCAGCCCGUGGAGAGUGUGUUCACGUAUGAUGCACUGCGCUGGGCAUGGUGCAGUGUGAACACACGCACUGUGUACAUGGAGCACCAACACAGCCCCUACAUGUCCAGGGAGAGAAAUGUGUACGCCUUAGCCCCCUACCUGGAUCUGCUCAACCACUGCCCAGCUGUACAGGUAAAGGCGAGCUUCAGCCAUGUGAGCAGGUGCUAUGAGAUCCGUAGCGUCCAAGGCUGCAAGAGAUUCCAGCAGGCUUUUAUCUGCUACGGUCCCCAUGACAACCAACGUCUCCUGUUAGAGUAUGGGUUUGUUGCUCCUGGAAACCCUCACAGUGUGGUGUAUGUGGACCAAGGUACCCUUCAACAGUGUAUCUGUAUAAGAGACAGCAAUCAGCUGGCACAGAAGCUACUCUUCCUGAAGAAAAAUGACUUUUUAGCAAACUUGACCCUUAGUUUGGAUGGGCCCUCCUGGAGACUGAUGACCGCCCUCCGGCUGCUGUCACUUAGGACAGAACAAUACCCUUUCUGGAAGAGUGUACUCUUGGGGGAAAUGGUGAGCCAGGACAGAGAGGAGUGGAGUGUUGAUGCAGCCCUUAGGCUUUGUCACUACCUGAUGGUUGACAACACUAGAGCUCUGGACAAGAUAUCCCAACUAACAGAGAGGGCAGACGCGUCUCUCAAUGAGCAGCUAGCGGUGGUGGAAUGUCUACGACGAGAGGAGCAAGGAAUUCUGGGUCUUAACCAGGAAAUGCUGCAGAGUCUUCAGAAACAAUUGUUGCCAAGCAGAGAGAACAGCAUGCACAAUUUAGCAGUAUGAAGUUCCAGAUCUGGUCACUUUAUUUAUCUAUCACAGGCUAUGCUUCUAUGAGGAGACAACCAUGUCAGUUUCAUUAUCAGUGCAAUCAAUGGAAGUGGGCCACCAAAAGGGCACUAACUAAUGUUUCCAUUAAUUUGUCCAGUGAUUUUGUUGUCAACAUUUAGAAAGUAUAGAUAGAUGCGACAAUUGCCUGCAAGGUUGCGUUUCCAUUUAACUAUUUUGUGUCUAAUAAAAAUGUAGUGGUUGAAGUGUUUCCAUUACCCAUUUAGACAAAUUGUGCAUUAAUAAAUUGGCGACAGCAUG